AAGCGGCGCGUUACGUCACGCGCGGCGGGCCUGGCGGGAGAUUCGGAGCUUCGCCGCGGCCCUUCGGCGCCCAAGGACCAGCUGCAACCUGCAAAGACGAUGCCUCGUACGUGCCGGUGAAAGUUGUGGCCAACGGCAGGCAACCAGAGAAGGGGAGGGAAUGGCCCCUGUGAAGGUCAAAUACAUCGUGUCUUUCACAUCUGAGGAUCCCAAGCACCCAGUGGAGAACCUGCUUCGCGAAGAAGGCCCUCGGCCCUGGCUCUGUUGCCCACGCGAUCGGAGCCGGCCGCUGAAAGCGGAGCUGCAGCUGGAGCGAGCGUGUCGCAUCAGCUACAUCGACGUGGGGAACUGCGGCUCUGCCUUCCUUCAGAUAGACGUGGGGCGGUCCUCCUGGCCGCGGGACCAGCCUUACCGCACGCUGCUGCCCGCCACCGCCUUGAUGGCGCCUGCCGACGCCAAGCUGGACAGGAACCGUUCCGGGGUCCGGAUGUUUAAAGAAGGGGACUUCCUGGCCUCGGCUCGGGCCGAGAAGUGGGACCGCGUCCGGCUCACCUGCAGCCAGCCCUUCAACAGGCACACGCAGUUUGGCCUCGCCUUCAUCUGCGUCCGCACUCCGCUGGACCCAGAGGACAGCACAGCGGAGCCGGCUGCCGCUAGCCAGGUUCCUCCCGAGCUCAAGAGCAGCCCAUGGCUCUCUAAUGCGGCCAUCUGUCGGACGUACUUCCCGGAAACGGCACCGAGCAGUGAGGAGGAAGCAGCGCUGAGAACCCACCUGCAGCAGCUGGAUCCCGCUUCCAGCCCUGAGCCCCGGAGUCCUGCCUGCAUGAGCCGCCCGGCCAGGAUGGUGCUGAAGGCGGCGAGUGCCCGCAAGAGGGUCUUCCCCCUGGCCGUGAGCGCCGUCGCGCCGGGACCGGCCCAGAGUGCCUCUCGGGGUCCCCCCACAGCGCGGUCCGGUCAGGAAUUGCCCGUGAGAAGAGAGCGACUGAAAGCAAGUAGAAGAAGGGGAACCAGCCGCGGCUUGGAGAGGUCCCCGGCAGUCCCUUCUGCCAGGUCUCGAAACGGGUCCCGAAGGGAGAGGAGAACUGAAGGCCAGAGGGGAAGGCUGAGGAACGUGCAGGGUGACAGCGAGGAGGAGGAGCAGGACGGGAACAGGCCACGGGGGUCAGACGUGGGCUUUGGCACGUGCCCCAUCUGCGCCGGCCGCUUUCCCACCAGCCUCCUGCCCGCUCAUGCCUCGGGCUGCGGAGAAGCGGACGAGAGAGCCGGCGCCGCCUCGCCUUCCUCCUCGUGGGACGAGCCCACGGAGGCCUGGGUUCCCUGCCCCAUCUGCCAGCUUUCGUACGCUGCGGUGCACGUGGAGAGUCACGCGAGCACUUGCGGGGAGCAGGACGAGGCCUUGGACGGCGGGCGGGACGGAGGAGGGCCUCUCGCAAGCCGCCCCCUGGCGGGACCGGCUGCUCUUCUGCCUGCUGGCACCUGGCGGGGAAAAACAAGGCAUUCCCGGCUCGGCACCGAAGCAGCAGAGCCGCCCGGCCGGGCCCCGCCGCCUCGGGGUCCAGCGGGGAAGGCGCCCCGAGCACCGGUCGCCGGCUCCCCCGCGGGCACGAUGGCGGACUACGAGGGCAUCACGAGACUUCCUGCCUCCCCCAUCUUGCCCUCCUCGGCACUGACCUCCGAAGGGUUCGGGUUCGGGUCUGAGGAGCAGCACCCUAGAAGUGCUAUGAGAGACUCCAGGGCCACAGAGCGUGCAACAAACCGACAACCGCCGUUGUCCUUCUGCCCCUCCCCUCAGCAAGCCAACUGGAAAGAAAUCGUUAACAAGAAGCUGAAGUUCCCGGAGGGGCUGCUGGGCGCCAUCCAGGACGGCCACCUGGGGAAGGUGCAGCAGCUGCUGCAGGUGAGCGACGGGAUCCUGCGGCAGCUGGACGAGGCCGAGGACCGGGCGUGGCGAGAGGCGCUGAACAUGGCCAUCCGCACGGGCGGCGAGGAGAUGAGCAAGACGCUGCUGCGCUUCGUCAAGUUCGACUUCCGGCAGGUGCACGAGGCCCUGCUGGUCGCCGUGGACACGAACCAGCCCAGCGUCGUCAAGCUGCUGCUGGACCGGCUGGACCAGGAGAAGGGCCUCAAGAUGGACAUCAAGUCCUUCUCGCUGGCCUUCUUCGACAACUCCAUCGACAACUCGCGCUUCGCCCCCGGCGUGACGCCCCUCACCCUGGCGUGCGAGAAGGACCUCUACGAGAUCGUGGACAUGCUGAUGAAGAAGGGGCACGCCAUCUCGCGGCCCCACAAGGUCUCGUGCGCCUGCCUGGAGUGCUCCAACGGCCGCAAGUUCGACCUGCUCAAGUUCUCGCUCUCUCGCAUCAACACGUACAAAGGCAUCGCCAGCCGGGCCCACCUCUCCAUCGCCAGCGAGGAUGCCAUGCUGACCGCCUUCAAGCUCAGCCGCGAGCUCAAGCGCCUCUCCAAGAAGGAGCCCGAAUUUAAGCCGGACUACCUGGCCCUGGAGCAGCUGUGCCAGGAGUUCGCCUUCGAGCUGCUGGGCAUGUGCCGCAACCAGAGCGAGGUGACGGCCGUGCUGAACGACGUGGGCGACGACGCGAUGGACGAGGACGAGGAGGACGUGGACGACCAGGCCUUCGAGGAGGGCAUCCCCAACCUGGCGCGGCUCCGCCUGGCCGUCAACUACAACCAGAAGCAGUUCGUGGCGCACCCCAUCUGCCAGCAGGUGCUCUCGUCCAUCUGGUGCGGGAGCCUGCAGAGCUGGCGGGGCAGCACCAGCCUCUGGAAGGUCUUCAUCUCCUGCGCCAUCUUCCUGGCCAUGCCCUUCCUCUGCCUGAUCUACUGGUUUGCCCCCAAGUCCAAGGUGGGCAAAAUACUGAAGAUCCCGGUGAUCAAGUUCCUGCUGCACUCGGCCUCGUACCUCUGGUUCUUGGUGUUCCUGCUGGUGGAGUCGCUGGUCCUGGAGCACCACCAGGAGGCCUUCAAGGGGCGCAACCAGACCAUGUGGGAGACCUCGCUCCACAUGAUCUGGGUGGCAGGGUUCUUCUGGUUCGAGUGCAAGGAGGUCUGGAUCGAGGGCCUGCGCAGCUACCUGCUGGACUGGUGGAACUUCCUGGACAUCGUGAUCCUCAGCAUGUACCUGGCCUCCUUCGUGCUGCGCGUGCUCAUCUUCAUCAAGGGCACCAGCUGCUUGGAGAGCGGCUCCUCCUCGCUCGAGUGCCACUACUACACCCAGGCCGAGCGGGACGAGUGGCGCACGGAGGACCCCCAGUUCAUGGCCGAGGUGCUCUUCGCGGUGACCAGCAUGCUGAGCUUCACCCGCCUGGCCUACAUCUUGCCGGCCCACGAGACUCUGGGCACGCUGCAGAUCUCCAUCGGCAAGAUGAUCGACGACAUGAUCCGGUUCAUGUUCAUCAUGAUGAUCAUCCUGACGGCCUUCCUGUGUGGGAUGAACAACAUCUAUGUGUACUACCAGGACUCCGAGCGGCUGGGCAGCUUCAACGAGACGUUCCAGUUCCUCUUCUGGACCAUGCUCGGGAUGGAGGAGCACAAUGUGGUGGACAUGCCCAAGUUCUUCCUGGCCGAGCUGAUGGGCCGCGUGCUCUACGGGGUCUUCACCAUCGUCAUGGUGGUCGUCCUGCUGAACAUGCUCAUCGCCAUGAUCACCAACUCCUUCCAGAAAAUAGAGAACGAUGCCGACGUGGAGUGGAAAUUUGCACGCUCGAAGCUCUACCUGUCUUUCUUCAGGGAAGGCCUGACACUCCCAGUCCCCUUCAACAUAAUCCCAACUCCAAAGUCCAUCUUCUAUGCCAUCAGGGGCCUCCUCCGCUUCAUGUGCUGCUACAAGCCCAAGCGGCAGCAGAAGUAUCCCCCGCUCCCCACCAUCUCCAACCCGUCGGUGGAGGAGGGCGGCCUGCGCGCCGACAGCCGCGUCGCCUACCGCCGCCAGGUGCUCAAGGCGCUGGUGCAGCGCUACAUCGACACGGCCCGGCGCGAGUUCGAGGAGAGCCGGCGCAAAGGUGAG